AUGGCUCUUUCUUUGGAGCACCAGACGGCUGUUCUGGAGUCGUUUCUGGAAGAAGCAGUAUCAGUUUUAGCUGAAGUAUUCCGUUUGAAGUCGAUAUUACCGUCAGAUAUUGAGGAUGAGUCAAGCAAUUAUCGCUCUGUGUUUAUGGACUUUUCCUACUUUGCUAACCCAGCUGAAUUUGACCAAAAGAUCGAGGAUAACUCAACAUUAAAGGCCUUGGAUGAAGAGUUUGGCGAACAAUUCAAGGAUUACAUUAAUCACUUUUCUCAGUUUAUGAGUCGACUUUGCAGUUUGAUAUUUGAAUUCUCAGAGUAGGCUUACUUACUAAGUGAUGAUAUACUUGUUAUUCAUGAGUUAUACUUAUGUUUUAGGUACACUCAAAAGUAUUCGGUGGUAGAAAACUUUUUUGAUCUCACGUGGGGAAACGUGCAUACCUUGAGGUCGGAAAUACUGUAUCAUAUUGGAGUGACUUUGGUGUUUUUGGACCAAAAGUUUUCGCAUUCUACACGUGAGACAUUGUUUGUAGCUAGCCAAAGGUUUGGGUACGGUAUUAAAGCUUUUAUUAGAAGGAAAAAGUUUUUGAUUUUCAUUUAUUUUACAUUGUUAACAUUGAAGUAAAAGGUAAUGUUAUAGAGAGAAGUUUACCUCGAUAUACUUUGACACCUCGAUUUCUUUACUACGGGAACGGAAAGAUUCAUUUGAACAUUGUUUUGUGUACAUUGGUAUUGACAAGAAGUUUGUAGACAAUGUUAUCCAUUACACAAGGACCUACAAUCUUGUACAGGUAUACACUUUGUAGUUUUAUACUGUUCCAAACUUAUAGAUGUUAUCUUUGGAAAUUAAGGAUUUUUAUAGUAAAGUACGUGGUAAAAGUUAAACUGUUAAACAUAAAAAUAGGGUUUGUCAUCAUUUUUCACUGUUUUUAAAACUUGUAGAGUGACCCAACCUUCGCUGUCAAGAAGAAUGCCUUAAUAUACAUUUGUCUCUGGUUUUUGCCAAAUGCCCUGAGGGAGGAUCUACCUCUAAUGCGACAACUGGUCGACUACUUUUUUUCAGAAGAGUGGAUCGUGUCGUUACACUUCGAAUUGACAGCAAAUCUGUUUGAAAAGUGGAAGAAUUGUAAAGCAGCGAUUACAGCACUAAAUGGAGUGUUAACUAACGAUGACAUUACAGUAAAUUUACAGAAGAAGAUGGAGAUGAUCAAGAGCAACAAGCUUCCAUCUGGAUUACUACAGUUAAAUGAAUUUGACAGUUACAAAAAGGUCAUCUUGAGUUACAAUCAUGCCAUCAAAUGGAUUAUUCUGCACUCUAAAGGUAUGAAUAUGUCAUGGUAUGGUAGGAGAGUAGUAGAAAUAAGCCGUACUAUAUUAGAAUAACUAUACCUAUAUAAAUUUUGUAAUAGAGUAGAAGUAGGCGUAAUAAAUAUUGUAGUGACUGAUUUGUUUAGAUGAACGAUGUAAGAAACACAAUGUCACUUUUGAUGUCUUCAACCACUUGAUGAAGCUAGUACGAUUUGAGUACAAAUUUAAAACGGUAGGUCCUUGAUUCUUGCUUCUCAUUUAUGUCAUCAAAUUACAUUAUAAUUGACUUAAAUUUAUGACAAAUGACAUUUAAAUCUAAAUUUUUUGUGAAUGGAGAAACUAAUUCAAUCGUUUCAGUCAGCAUCGUAUAUAGUCAAGAACAAAAAGCAACAGUUCGAGUCCAACAGAAAUCGUAUCUUGGCUACCUUGGAGCAGAUAGUAAUGAUAGUAGAAAGUGCUCGAGAUCAUCAGAAGCACAAGAUCAAGAGCUGGCUACAGAAGAUUCAGAGCAAGUUGUCAGAUCUGGAGGUGGAUAGCAAGAAAGCCCUGAAUGUCAUCGAAAUGCUGCGACUUAAGAUUGAAGAGGUACCAUUUCUCUCUAAUAUAAUAUUAAAGUACAUAGACAGUUAAGUUUAUUGUUACUAUAUAAAACACAUAAUACUGUACCUAAAAACACUACAGUAUUCUGUGUUUUUUUUUGGGAUUCAACUUUUGAAAGCUACCUUUUAGAUAUCCGAAAUGACGUCCGAAAACCAAAAAGUGAUCGGCCAGUACCUGACUACAGUACUUGGUCAGCUAGACUCCUUAACUACAGUAUACCAACUGGACAACAGCUCUUUAGGGCACCUGGACACCCUAUGUAACUCUGAUUACCUAUGGAAGUGUAUGAGAAUGUGGACAGAGAAGUUAGAAGACCUGCUACGAGCAGAUCCAGUCAUGGUCAAGUACCUGUUCUUCAAACUCAUGUCGUCGAUCAAUGUCAGAUUACACGGUGUUAAGGAUGAGAAAAAGGAAAUGGUAUCUACGUUUUAUCAUAAGAUUCUGGAAUCUUACCUGAAGGUUGUUGUACAGGUAAGUAGUACAAUAUAUUGUCUUGAUGAUCUUUUUUGUGUUACAUUGUUUAUGGUUACAUUAUUUUUGGUAUGAACACGAUAUUUUAAUUUUACAGGGUUGAAUACCCUUUACUUUUAGCGUUUUAACAUUUAAAACCAUUUUAGGCCAUCCCGAGAAGUGUUUUCAUUGAAUUGGAUGAGCUUCAGGCACUGUUAAGUGACGAUGAAGCCUGUUUUAUCGAAAAGGCUAAUAUCAAAGCCGUAUUCCAAACAGAACAGCGCAGAAAGUUGGCUGAGAAAACGUGCAAGAUCAGCAAGUUGUCACUGGGUAAGACAAUUACUAAUUAUUUUUAUUAUUUGAUCAUAUUUUUGUUCCAGAAGGACCUAUAACAACAUAUUUUUCAAUAGUAUAAUCACGGUAAUCUUGUGACUAUAACUUUUUUUACCGUCUCAAUUUAACGAUGUGCUUCAGUAGUUUUAAACAUACAAACCUUCAGGUAUCUCGAACAUGUGUCUGAACAAACUGGGACCGGUCAAAAUAAAGCCAGAAGACAUGUUAUACGAUGGAUUGAGGAAAGAGUUGAGACAGAAGUUACAGUCGAUGAUGAAGGCCGUAGUACCCAGCAGUAGCUUCUUCACGGUGAUAAAACAACAACGUGAAGAGAUCAGCAAGUUGAGGAAGGCCUUCCUCUUCGUAUGUCAGCAGAUCGGCAUCAAUGGGGUUCAAGUAUGGCAGACGGAGAUAGCACAGAUUACUGUAGAAUCACUCAAUUCUGCUUUUGCUGUAAGUUUAUGGGUAUAUUGGCUUGGUUAACCCGUACUAUUCAGAUCGGCUUUUGAUUUUUAUUGUAAAAUUUUAUUAUUGUAGAAGCUGGGAUCCGAGAAGUUGUCAAUGCCACUAAAAACCACUACCUUUGACGCGUUUGUCAUCAAGAUGUUGCAAUCGACCAAUCCCAGGUAAGUCAUACAUAUCUUACUCUUUAUAUACUUAAUAACUUAUAAUAGUUUUAAUUUCUUACUCUGCAGGGCUACGGUAUUCUCGAUGAAGUCGACGGAGUGGUGGAACCAAGCCAAGAACAAGCUCGAGUAUACCACAGUAAUGUUUCUAAUUGCUCACAAAUGGAUCCCCUCCUUCUUAUUGGUUGGGUUGAGAAGGAUAAUACAGAACUUCAUGUCCAUCCACAUCAACGAACUAGGAGCACUGUUAAUGAAGAACCAGAACAUCGUAUCUACUGACAACAACUCUGUCGAUGUCAUCACUAAGUCUCAGGAAUUUGUUCAGUUUUACAAUCAAUGCUUGCCUAUCAUAGUCAAGGUAUGCCAAUAUUAAUAUUAGGUGCCGGCAAAAGUUUUUCCACGAUUUUUGUUUUUAACAAAAUUUAAUAUUUAAAAAAAAGAACAACAACUAAUGAACAAAUAUAUGUACCAUUAUUAUCAACGACCUGUUGCCAUUCCUUCGGCAGCAUUUGGAUUCAACUUCUAUAAAACCUGGUGUUUGAAAAUUGAAAAAGUUAGCCCAACAUCUCUUGAGGUACUCUCGAUUGUUAAAGUGUCUUGCGUUCAGGUGGUUUUGAAGAGAGUGGAACAUAUUAUAAUCUGUAGGCACAACAUCAGUUGAGUACAGUGCAUAUAGCAUCACAGCCCAGCCGAAGCUUUUCAGCUUGUGCUGGGUCAAAUUUGUCACAUAGGCGCGAGCAGUAUCAUGAAUGAAGAAGGUGCGAUUCUGUACACCAUGCAAUGCCGCCGCAACAGAUUUAAUUUGUCUACAGUAGACAUCCACAGGGAUCGUAGUUCCAUGUGGUACCAUUUCCUAGUACACAAUACCUGUUGAGUUCCAGCUAACGCUGAUCAUCCUAUCCAGUGAGUGAAGAUCAGGUUUUGGGGUUGGUGUACCAUUGUUUCUUUCUGGUGUGAUUAACAUACAGUACUCACUUCUCAUCCCCAGUAACCAAAUUGCCAAGCCAUGCAAAGGUCCUUGGGAAAUCAACAAAUAAGUGUAAAUUCCACUUAGCGUUUCAGCUGGUCGCUGUUCAAAUCAUGUGGAACCCCUUGACCAUAUUUCCAUGAUCUUCCGAGGUCGUGAAGUCUAGCUAAUAUGGUAGAAGGAUCACACUGAAGCUCUACAGUCAAAUGAGUACAUGUUUGUCUGGGGUCUUCUUCAAUCAGCUUCAGAAGGUGGGGUUUCUUCAACGCUGAUGGUCUACCAUAUCGAACUUUACAUGUCAAAGUCACCGUUUUGGAACUUGUGGAACCAAACUUUUGUGGUGUCGUAAGAGACAACUGAAGGCCCUACAGCACUGCAUAUUUCCUUCGUCGUUCUUAUUGCGUUGCCGGGAUUGCGGAAUUUGAGAAGCAACACUGCCCAAACAUGGUCAUGUUUCACCUUGAUUUCCUGAACCAUCGUAAACAACAGAAUGCUUGAACAUGCAAUAGUUUUUAGCCUUGGACAACUCUUUAUAUAGGUUAUCAACAGAAACUUCUAGAACUGUCCAUAAGUUUUUGGUAAAUUUUAGAAAAAUAGUGAAAAAACUUUUGCCGGCACCUAAUAUAAUUAGCAGUUUUGUGAAAUCACCCAAAUUGUUAACGUAUUUUACAUUGUUUGUUGUUAUCUUAUAUUAUGUUUACAGAUCGGACAAUACGAAGUUCUAAACGAAGCUCUGGAAGUCUCUAUAAACGAACAUUCCACCUCUGAAGUCAAUCUACUACGAGCCACGGCAAAAACAGCGUUAAAGUAAGCUUGUGGUAUAUGUUUUAUGCCAAUUAAACUAUUAUUGUAACAUAAGUUUUUUAAGAUAAGCUUAUUAAAUUAAUAACAAAACGUUUAGCUACAUCCAACUAAUAGAAUCAAAAGGGAACGCUGACUCUAACGUGAACGACAAGUUUGAAAAAACAUUAGAGAAGGCAGGCCUCCUGGAUUACAGUAACCUUGUCACCCCUUUACCUCCAUACAGUAAACAUUCCAACGCGAUCUUAGUGUUCUGCUUACUGUCACACUGUUUAUCGACUAAUGGUAAGUUGCUAUCGCGUUUGAUGGCUGAUUUUUUGUAGAAUUGAUUAUACUGCUACGCAAAAGUUUUUUUAUAUAAAAAAGAACAUGGUUUAAAACGUUUUACACUGUAUUACUAUAGUAUUAAACAUAAUAUUUAACUUUCAGUAAUUACCAGCAAAAAAUCGGAGUUUGUGGACUCUCAUGCAUCAGUUAAAGGUAUUGAAAAGGUUGUCUUGGCAUUCGAAUUGAACCACCAAUUCAGCAGUGUUCUGCCAGCUAUGUGUGGGGAAAGUGCUGGCUUUAUGGUGGCUAAAAAACUGUGCCUAGACAACAUUAUAUACCCCUACAAGAACGUAAGGACUGCAAUGUUUUUCAAUUUGCAAUAAAAUUAACGUAAAACAAACAUCCAACAUUUACACUAAAUUUUCAAAAUUAAAAAAACCAAAAGCUAAAACAACUUGAAAAAUAUUAUUUUAGACACCAGAACCCUUCCUCAGAUGA